GCGACACCUCAGCAGGUUACUAAACUACUGCAGUAUGUGAAGCGAGUCUUUAUCCCCAGCUUUGUGUUUUCAUGUGACAAUCAAUGCUAAAGAUAUAUUCUUCUGGCCCUGAAAUAGUUGCAAGGUGUUUCUAGUGGUGAGGAGAUAACCAUGAAUUCGCUAUUAGGGCCGUUACCGCUGAUGCCUGGAGAGCCGACAACAGCGCUUAAGCCGAAUAUCUAUGAAUUCACGGAAGAAUCACAUCGUGUGAGUGCAUUUAGGGAAUUACAGCAGAUGAGAGAACGCCAGCUGUUUACUGAUGUCAUAUUACGUGUUGAUAAUGUGGAGUUUUAUUGCCAUAGAAACGUAUUGGCAGCCACUAGUAGUUACUUUAUGUCAAUGUUCUCAUCAGAUCUUAAGGAAAAGACAGAAAACCAUAUCACUAUUCAGGAUAUUAAAUCCGAAAGCAUGAAUCUGAUUUUAGGAUACGCUUACACCUCAAAGGUGGUGAUUACAGAACAAAAUGUACAGUCGUUGCUGGAAGCCGCCAACCUCUUUCAGAUUAUCCCAGUACGUGAUGCAUGUGCUGAAUUCCUCGAAAAGCAGCUCGAUAUGCACAACUGUUUGGGGAUUCAUCACUUUGCUGAUCGUUACUCAUGUCAAGAAUUGUGUGAGAAAGCCUGGCAUUUUUCUUUGGAGAAUUUCCCCGAAGUAUGUGGACAUAGCGAAAUACAACUUCUACAAAAAGAUGAGAUUUUGGAAUAUUUGUCAUGUGAUGAGUUACAUAUUGAGAAAGAGGACAGCGUGUUUGAAACUAUGAUUCGUUGGGUACAGUAUGAUCCUAAAAACAGACUGAAACAUUUGCCAGAGCUUUUAGAACAGUUACGAAUCAAUUUACUCUCAUCACGCUAUCUCCUUGAAGUAAUUCUACGCAAUGAAUAUGUUACAACAUCUGAAGUAUUUGAUAAGUUCAUGGCAGUUACGAAAAAAUACCGUUCUAAAAAAACAAAUUUGAUAACGCCACCCAGGAUGCGAGCUCGUCUGCAGAGUAACAUUGUGAUUGUUGGCGGUGUUGGCAUCGGCAAUAGUAAAGUAAUGGAAGUGUACUCCUACGAACCAGCGCAGCAGACAUGGUCACUGCUAACAAAACUACCGAAACAUAGCGACAGCGUGUACAGUGUGACUUCCCUUGGUAAUGAUAUUUACGUCACUGGUUUGCAGGGUAAGGUAUCAAUGUACAGCAUAAAGCGUAACAAGUGGUUUGAAUCAGCGCCAAUGAACCAGCCAAGACAUCGUCAUGCAUCAACAUCAUUGGAUGGUUAUGUUUAUGUUGUCGGCGGUUACGAUGGAGCCUCUAGACUCAGUAGUACUGAAAGAUUUGACCCCAAAAACAAUAAUUGGGAACAGGUGAAAUCAUUACUGGAAGCUGUGAGUUCACCAGGGAUUGUUACAUGUGAUGGGAAAAUCUAUGUUCUAGGAGGGGUGACGUCAAAUGAUAUAGCGACUGAUAAAGUCCAGUGCUAUGACCCAAAGACCGAUAACUGGACACUGGUCGCUCCCAUGCCGCAUUGUCUCGCAUGUAUAUCAGUGGAAGUAUUACGGGGAUGUAUCUACGUUGUCGGUUGUGUUUCGAAGAUUGUCCACUGCUACAACCCGGAGACUGACAGUUGGAGACAAGUAGAAUGUAUGAAUUCACAACGGGCCAGCUGUGCCGCUACCGUGUGUAACGGUAAACUGUAUGUCACAGGUGGUGAGAGCCAACCCAAUUCUCCGGUAGAUACUAUGGAGUGUUACGACCCUGUGACAAACGUUUGGACAGUAUUACCUACUCUGCCAUACUCUGUCAAACUACAAGGAUGCGUGACUGUUAGCAAAAAAACAACGUCACUUGAAUCAAGUGUUGCUACAUUGCUCUUGCCUCAUUGAUGACGGUUGGUGAAUAUCAAGAUCAGUGAUGAGAAGGGGGGGUACAUGAUAUCACAAUUUCUUUUUCACGGAAACUACAAAGUAUCACAACAAUCCUUUCACAGUAAUUUUAGCAUACACCACAGUAGAGCAGGGAUGUGUUCACUAAAGAAUACAUUCGUGUACGCUUAAAGCAUUUUUAUACUGACUGAUCAGUUCUUCAUGGAAGUUGCAGAGGAUUAGCACAAUGCUAUGAAGUGACUUG